CACGUGGGAGUCUGUUAUACGUCUACAGCAAUGAGUUUAAUUAAAGGACUGGUUUCCACUUUAUACUGCCUUCCAAAGGUUUAUAAAUGGUUUUAUCGGCCCUAUUAUCUGCUGUCACUGCUGAUGACCGUAGCGUUUCCCUUCGUCCGCUGCUGUCCGGGACUCUGCGAGCAUUUACCGUCCCAGAGAGAGGACAGCAACUCCUGCGCCUUCGACUGGAGGGAGGUGGAGAUUUUAAUGUUUCUCAGCGCUAUAGUCAUGAUGAAGAACCGAAGAGCCAUAACACUGGAGCAGCACAUAGGGAAUAUAUUUCUCUUCAGUAAGGUGGCGAACGUGGUGCUGUUUUUCCGAGUGGACCUGAGACUUGGCCUUCUCUACCUCACGCUGUGUGUGGUGUUCCUUAUCACAUGUAAACCACCGAUCUACAUGGGCCCUGAGUUCAUCAAAUACUUCAGUGACUCCACUUUAGAUGAAGAGCUGCAGAGAGACUGUCGUGUGACGUGGAUCGUUGAGUUUUAUGCCAACUGGUCUCCAGAGUGUCAGACAUUUGCCCCCAUUUUCGCUGACCUGUCACUCAAGUAUGACUGCUUAGGUCUCAAAUUUGGAAAAGUGGACAUUGGGCAAUAUGCAGCAGCUGCUGAGAGGUUUAAGGUGAACCCCUCGCCGCUCUGCAAGCAGCUUCCUUCUCUGUUGCUCCUUCAAGGAGGUCGAGAACUUGUGCGGCGUCCUCUAGUGGACACGAAGGGAAGAGCCAUUGGGUGGAGUUUCACCGAGGAAAACAUCAUUCGGGAUUUCAACCUAAAUGAGAUAUUCCAGAGAUGUAAGAAAUUGAGCAAAGGAGAGAAGCCCGAGGAGCUGAAGACACUCCUGCAAGAGGCUCCUGAAGAAGAGGAGCCACAUGAUGAAGAUGAUGAGGAGGAGCCAGAGAGCAAGAAAGACAAAUAAGACACAGAAAGGAAAGGGAUGCAGCAUUUAUGAUGAUCCUGAACCCACACACACUGAACAGAUGGAUUGAAAAGUGCAUCACAUCAUCUUGUGACCGGUGUUGCAUUUGCUCUUGAGGUUCAAAUCGGAGUCAUUUGUGUUAGUUAAUAAAAUGAUACAUUCUUAAAAAAGUAUACACCCCCAAAAAACUAAUCAUUUAUUGAUUUAGAAGAGCAGAAACUACCAAGCCAUGGUUAUUGUUAUGUCGGCAAUGCAUUGAAACCUAAUUGAAAAUACUGUAUGGUUAACUGAGAAUCUGUUUCAAAAGUAGGUAGAGAUUAAGAAAUCUAUAUAUUUGCUCUGGUCCUUUCCAGGUACUUUAAUGGAUACGGACUUUGAAACAAAAGUGUAGUCGCAUGUUCGAAGUCUUGAAGCUUGAGAAAACUCAGAAGUAUGAAACAUACUCUCCAUGUGAGUUAGAGAAAUUAUAUAUUAUAUUGUUUGUGCUCACAUUUUUCAAGCAAGACACCAGUACAGACUCGAAGAGUGUACUAUUUAAAGCUGCUGCCUUUUCCAAAGCACUGGAAAAGCUCAGAAAAUGCAUUUAAAAGACACACAAGGACAACACAUGUUAACCGGAUAUGACUUUAUACACGUCUGAAGUAUGCAUGAUGUGUUGCAAAACUGAACUUUAUGCAUAAAGUUUCCAUUUGCAAUUUUACUAUAAAAAUGUUUCUUUCGAAUCUACUGUUCGAUGGCCAACUCCACACACAAUCGUCAUCACAGUUCUUGAAAUUCUAUUGAAAUGUCUUGGAAAUUAAAAAAAGUCUGAUUUCG